UAUUCGGAGUAUAUUUCAAUUGUGUUGUUGGUCGGGGUGUGGAGAUCGGAGGAAACUAUAUUCAACACGUCUCAAAAUGUGUAGUCAAGAAAGCCAUAUAUCGGAUAAAAGAAGGUCCAAAAUACUGUGACCUCACCUCGAAUGACUCUAUUUUCGGGGACAAAAAGUGCAACCGAAGUCCGAAACCCAAUUGCAAUUUUGCAACAAUCCAAUUCCAAUUAUCAAUUUCAAUUUACUUUUAUUGGGAUGGGAAUAUUGGAUUAGUUUUUUUCUUCAAUUUCAUUGUUUCUUUCUUGCAAUGGUUGGCGGUAACAGACUGUUGCUUCUAGUUGCCGUCUUCUGUAGACGGCAUUAGCAGCAUUUCCUUUCCUUUGGUGCGCUUUACUGGAGCCUCGAACUGGUUAUAGUGUUCUACAUCAUAAUCAUCGAAGUAUAAGAUCAUAGUCUUACCGUUUUCUCUCGCACCAAAUUCACUUCAAUUUGUCGAAAUUUCACAUUUAUAUCCAGUAUUUACCAGGAUCCUCUCCAACUCUGAUACAAAUAUGGCUGGGAAGGUUAUGGGACAUCAAUCAAAAUCUUUCCUUGGCUUUGAGAUUGUUGAGGGUGAAUCUGAUGGCCCAUCGGUUGAUCCCUCGUUGAACAUCAAACUUCGUCAUAGAAUUGGAAGGGGUGUGUUUGGUGAUGUUUGGUUAGGGACUCAUAAGCAAAGUGAUGGGGAUCAUGAAGUAGCUGUUAAGAUUUUGCAUCCCUUAAACAGGGAUGAUAUGAAUGUUGUACGGAAUCGGCUGGAAAAUUUGUUUGCUCAAUGUAAGGACCUGGAAAAUGUUUUCCAUACUCAAGGGGUAUACGUCAUCAGUGGGAGGUUAUGCAUAAUUAUGAAGUUCUAUGAAGGCUCAGUUGGUGACAAAAUGGCUCACAUGAAAGGGGGGAAGCUACCCUGGAAGGAUGUUAUAAGGUACGGGACUGAACUUGCACAAGGAAUCAUGAAGCUGCAUUCAAAGGGUUUUUUCGUCCUAAACCUCAAGCCAUGUAACUUCCUUUUGAACGAGAAAGAUCAGGCAGUUUUGGGAGAUAUGGGAAUUUCUUAUAUGCUGCGGGGAGUGUCUUUGUUUGGUUCUGAUAGGUCUCGAAGACUCGGGACCCCAAACUACAUGGCCCCAGAACAGUGGGAACCAGAAAUAAGAGGUCCCAUAUCUUUUGAGACAGACUCAUGGGGGUUUGGUUGCAGUAUUGUGGAGAUGUUGACUGGUGUUCAGCCUUGGGUUGGUAAGUCAGUUGAGGAAAUACAUAAAUAUGUGGUUCUGAGACAAGAGAAACCCUAUAUUCCUGCUGGUCUCCCUCCUGCAGUUGAAAAUGUCCUUGUUGGCUGUUUUGAGUGGGAUUUGAGAAACCGUCCUCUCAUGGAAGACAUAUUGCUUGCAUUUAGAAGCUCACAGAAUGCCACUGAUAGUGAUGGAGACUGGACUGAUCUUGGGAAUGCAAUAACUUUGGGAAACUCUAAAUCUGUAAGAUAUAGUGAGUGGUUUCUGCUGAAGGACCAGCUUCAAAUGGGAGACGUGGUCCGGUCCAGAAAACCUCCAAAUUCAUGCAAACCUGAAAGUAUGGAGGUUCCGGAAGGCACCAUAGUAGGAAUGCAGAAUGAGACUGACAGAAACGGAUUUGUUUUGGUAAGGGUACAUGGGAUGCAUGACCCAUUAAGAACUCACCGAUCCACGCUGGAGCGAGUCAGUUUCGGUUAUUCAGUCGGGGAUUGGGUGCGCCUGAAGGAGCAUCACGGAAAGAAUCAUUCACCUGUGGGUAUUCUUCACCGCAUCGAUAGGGGUGGUGAUGUCACUGUGGCGUUCAUAGGACUGGACACUUUCUGGACGGGUGUGUACACAGAACUUCAGAUGUCAGAAGCUUAUUGUGUUGGCCAAUUUGUAAAGGUGAAGUCCGACGUCUUUAGCCCCCGGUUUGAAUGGCCACCCAGGAAGAGAGGCUGUGAGUGGGCCGCAGGCAGGAUUUGCAAAGUGCUGCCGAAUGGUUGUCUUGCAGUUGAUUUUCCGGGCAGGUUGACAUUCGGGGAGGAAGGUAACAGCUUCUUGGCUGAUCCAGCUGAGGUUGAACUUGUUUCUUUUACUACUUGUCCGGGCAUCGUUAAAAAAUACCAACACCUUGAGGAUUUUCACUGGGCCAUAAGACCAAUCGUUAUUGCAUUGGGCUUAUUCACAGCCAUGAAGAUGGGGCUUUUUGUUGGGAAGAAGGUUGGGGGAUCAAAGUGUAGGAUUCGAUGCAAUGCUGCAAAACAACAAGGUGGGCCUCAACCUGGAGAAGGAAAGACAGCAGGCACUGCAUGGCUACCUCCAAAGAUGGCUAACGUUAUCUUCAGAGACGGUGCUGGGCCCACAACUUCUCGGUAGUCCGUCUCAAGAUGAAUGUGGGUAGUGAAGGUCCAGGUUUGUGCAUUGAAUAUGAACUUAUCCUAGUAGCGCUAUUUAGGGGUGAAGUAUGCUGUAAAUUAUUAAUACAGGUAGUUAUAUAUGCUUUCUCUUGCCACUAGCUAUAUGUCUCCGGUUCACACUGAAAUAACAAACUUCCUAGACACUAGACCCAGCUUCUUGAGCUAUCUCCAUGACAUUAUCUGAUUUAUCUCAGAGACUCAGACCUUUGUAAAUAUGGGGUGAUUGAAUUCCAGCUUUGAAUACUAGUCCCACUACUUUGUGUUCCUGAUCGACCUAAUAAAUGUCACCACUUCUAUGCAAUGCCUAUAUAAAACUUUGAACAGUUAUGAUUAUGUUCAAUUUUAAAAUGUAAUUUAAG